AGCCACUUCGCUCAAGCGGCUAAGAAGGGGGGAGCUUGGCAAGUCCGCGGUUGAGAACUUUCCCGCGUCACCACGGCUCCACAUUUUAUCCAGAGUCAAUCUCACCGUGGCUUCGUGAGCCGAUGCUCUUCGUCCACCAAGCCCCACGAAUGUGGCAGGACCAGAAGGGCGCCACCACCGCGUUGCGCGCCAGCGACCGCCCCAGCCGGAAAAGAACCACCAGCGCCACCCACGGGCGGCGGCCCAGCAGCGCUGUGGGCGGGGAACCUCGCAGAAGCGAGCGGUCGCGGCCAGGCUCUGCGUCCUCCAGCAACGGGCGCUUCGUCGGAAGCGUGCUGCGCACGUCCUCGCCCCCGGGCAGUGCUCGCUCGCAGACGCCGGUGCUGGUGGCCAGCGAUGGUGGCCAGAUGCACUUCAAGAUCUCCUCGAACCGCGCGUCGCCCAACCGGCCGCGGACGCCCUCCAGGAGGACUCCCAGCAGCACCUCGAAGGACGGCAAGGAGGUCCCCAGCCAGCGCCCAGAGAGCGCGAAUGACGGUGCGCAGAAGGGCAAUGGAAGCUUGACAACAGUCAUCUCGUCUGCGCUGGACUACAAGCGUUUUCUGGACCGACGGAAGCAGAUGAUUCAGCAGCAAGUCGAGUCUGCGCAGCAGGCAGAUCGGGGCGAUGGCGAGGCGCCGGAGGAGGAUGCCACUAGGAGCCCAGCCGUAGGUUGGAACGCCCGGCCCGCCGGACCGGUGAAGGGCAACCACGCGGUCGCCGUAGCGCAGGCGGUGCCGGUCACUUCCAACGCCAUGAAGCGCCCGACGUCGUCAGGGGCCACCACGGCGACCUCCAAGGGUAGCGGCGACGAUUCGCAGCCGGAGGACUCAGGUACCCCGACGUCGGCGCGUAGCAGCAACACCACCCACCUCUUGCGUCGGGUUUGCGUGAUGCCGGAGAAGCAGAGGGCCCAGACACCGCAGGCUCGCCCCAGCCCGUCAGCAGGGGCAGGCGACAGCGUCGGGCGCAUCCGCACCUCACUGCCGGCGGGCGGCGCACAUCAGGCUUGCCGCAGCUUGGGCCAGAAUGAGCAGAAGGGCGAGAUCCUUGGCGGAUUCUCCAAGGAAGUCACUGAGACGGGCGAAGUCUCUGGGCGCAAGCAGCGGGACUCCUUCGAUGCCCUCCUGAAGGAUGACAUGAGCGACGGCCGGCCAAGCACAAGCACCACACUUUCUGGAAGUUCGCUUGAUGACUACAUCGUGGGAAAGCAGAUCGGUCAGGGAGCUUAUGCCACCGUCGCCUUUGGGUUGCACAAAGAGACGAGCAAGAAAGUUGCCAUCAAGAUCUACGAGAAGUACAAGCUCUUGGACCCACAGCGCCGCAAGAGCGUGCGCUGCGAGAUCCGGCUGAUGGAACGCCUGAGGCACCCCAACAUCGUAGAGUUUCACGAGGCAUUGGACACGCCGAAGCAGAUUUAUCUCAUCAUGGACUUUGUGAGUGGCGGGUCGCUGCACCACUUUCUCAAAAAGCGCCCCAAUCGUCGAACCGACGACCCGCUGGCGAAGCGUUUGUUCUUCCAGGUGUGCCAGGGAAUCAAGUACCUACACGACCGCCACAUUGUUCACAGAGAUGUGAAGCUAGAGAAUCUGCUUUUGGACGAUCAAGGGACGGUGAAAAUCAUCGACUUCGGAUUUUCCACCAUCGUCCCUCCAGGCAAAAAGCUCAAGGUCUUUUGCGGGACGCCUUCCUAUAUGGCUCCGGAGAUCGUAGCCCGGAAGGAGUACACCGGCUUUUGUGCAGACAUUUGGGCCAUGGGGGUGCUUUUGUACGCCCUGCUCUGCGGCAGCUUCCCCUUCCGGGGCCAGAACGAUCGCGACCUGUACCGGAAGAUCGUGCGGGGAGUCUUCCACAUCCCCGACUUUGUGGGGGACGGCGCCAAGCUGCUGGUGCAGAAGGCCCUGACCACAGACAUGGUGCGCCGCGUCACCGUGGACGACCUCAUGGCGGAUCAGUGGCUCUCAGCGCAGCGGGAGGAAGGGCAGAGUAAAGUGACGUACCAGCCCAACAGCUCCACCUCUUCCAGCCUCACCACUGCCGUGCCCUCCACGGGGCAAAGCGCCCGCGAGAGCAGCGGCGACUCCCCGCGCUCGCGGACCUAUGCCACCCCCCCGCCGGCCCCGGCGGUGCCAGAGGAGAAGCGAGAACAUCGCGACCCCUCCCGCGAGGCUGAGAAGACCGCGGAGGCGUCUGUGACACGAAUGGGCACCGCCGUCUCACAGGCAGAUGCGACUAUCACCGAUGAGCGGUACAACCGCCGGGUCGAAGAAGAGGCCAUCAGCAAGCUGGAACGGCUUGGGUAUCCUCGAGAGGAGAUUGUGCGACAGCUGAAAGAUCCGUCGUCGCACUUGUGUAAGCUUUACCAUCGCUUUCUGAAGGCAUUGACAGCCUGGGAUAGCAAAAAAUGACAUUGCUCUCAUUUGAGAGGUUUCAAAAUUACAUGUGCUGGGUCAUGUUCAGGUAGCGAUUCGCCAG